AUGGCUAGAAUGUUACAAGAGAAUGUUGUUACUUAUAAAACGCCAGCUUUGGCACAUUUAUUCCAUUCAUUCCCACAUCUAAAUGUCAGUGGUCACCAUGUUAACUCUGCAUUUGCCCCAUGGAGUGAACUUUAUUUGGAAUCGCUUGGUAUUCUGGGUUCUAUUCCCUCCGUGUGGUUGAUAAUUACAAUGUUUUUAUUGUUAAUUUAUCUAAUGACAAGAUGCUGUGAUCGAAAACCUCGACCAAGGCAUAGUAUUGUUGUGCUCAAAUGGACCUUAGCAAUAUUUACUGUUUUAUCAUGUGGUGCUGUUGGCGUUAGCUUAUAUGGUAAUGACGAUUUACAUAAUGGAGUUGUUCAAUUUCUGACAUCAGCUAGAGCUUUGGAUGACUUAGUUAUUAGUGUUAAAAAUCAGACAUCAGAUAUUGAAAUAUUGCUUCAAGUGAACAUUCAUGACAAACUAACAAAUAUAGGUGAUAUCAUUGAUUCACCGGUUGCAAAUUUGACUGCUCGAGGACAAAUUGUUACUGCUCUUAGCACUUUAGUUGGCAACGCAGCUUCAACUUUGACAAAUAUUCGUGGUAUCAGUAAUUCUUUGCGUGGAGUAAAUCUGACUCCAUUUAUUGAUGAUGUGUAUUUAAUGGAAACAAUAAGAUGGCCAUUGACAAUGGGUGUUCUUAGCAUUCUAUUGGUAUUCUGUGUUAUACUUUUGUUUGGAGUAGCCAGACAUUCUCGUUGUGCUUUAAUCAUGUUCUCUGUUUUUGGGCUGUUUGCUGUCAUCAUAUCAUGGCUUACUGCAUCUAUUUAUUUAACUGCUGCAGUUGCAUUGGGUGACUUUUGUAUGAAUCCAAAUGAAUGGUUGGAACGUGAUUGGACUCCAUCGUCUCUGCGUCCAGACACAUUAUCUUUCUAUACAACAUGUGAAGGUAGUAAUAAUCCAACUGGUAGUACGCGGACCAACCCAUUUAGUAUGGCAAUACGUCAAGCAUCAACUUCAGUUGAUGCAACUAAUUACCAGCUCGAUAUUGUAACACGUCUUGCUACAACUUUAUAUCCCCCCUCAACUACUAGAGAAGAUAUGCCAUUACUAUUACAAAAAAUGAGAAUGGAUGUUGAAAACGCUGCUAGAAUGGUAUCUGCUUUACCUGCUUCACUCGAAUGUCGACAAAUACACGUGCAGUACAAUCGAGCUUUACAUGCCUCUUGUGAUCUUGCUCUAUUUGGAUUGGCAUUAAUGUUAUUAGCAAGUGUAGUAUCUGGGAUAUUCUUUACAAUUUUGGUAUGGCUAGAUUCUCAUACAUGGAUAUACAUAAGAAAGAAGCAAGAUUAUGCAAAAGCAGAAGAAAGAGAUCCUUUCCUGGGACGACCAGGAUCCACAGCAAGCAGUUCACAAUCCCAUGGACAUCAAAUGUCUACACUUACACGAAACCAAGGACCACGAGACGAAUACGGAAUGGGUAGUGGUAUAGCAACGUUAAAUGGCCGUAAUGGCAGUUACAUGCAUGAAAGCGGUCCAUCCAAAGUUGGGCCACAAUACGCUACUUUAAACCGUAAAUUUCGCACACUCGAACAUCCAGGUGCGCGUGGUGCACCCCAUCCACCACCAUCAUUCCGCGGUGUACCAACCUAUUCCAAUACUCUAGGGUACAAUCGCAAACCUAAUCAGUCUAAUGAUCGUCAAUACUCUACACUAAGCCGUAAAUGCAAAACACUAGAAUCUUCGGAUUUCUACUGA